AUAGCAUGAUCUUUGAACAUUACUCUCUACGAAAUGGUAUAUAAAGUGGUAUAUUCACUAAUUCUGAGUAGUCCCAUUUUGACUAUUGGAAAAGCACAUCGCACAGACAUGUACUUGAAACAGCUAUUUAUUUUAAGUUUCAUCGUUUUUGCGAGCGUCAGUGCUCGCUCAAUACGCGAGGUUGCAUCCGAUCACGAAGUACCAUCGAUUUUAAAUUUAUUUGAGACUAUUAACGAGAAUUUCAAGAAAUUCGGAGAUACGGUUUCAAAAUCAUUUAAUGCGCAGAAGUUUGAAGAAAGUGGCCGAGAUGUUGCUAAACAAUUAGAUGAGUGGGGUGCAAAUAUCAAGAAAGAGACUGAAAACUUGAAAGAUAACGAAGCUGUCAAGAGUUUAAGAGAAUCAGUAGAUAAAGCUCUGGAAGAAAUCAAACAAUCACCCGAUGUAAAAGUCGUAAUUGAAAAAUAUAAAACUGGUUCAGAUGCGUUUAUAGCCAAAAUAAACAAAAUAAGGGAGACUGAAGAGCCAAAGUUGCAAGAUCUUUCCAAGAAGAUUUUGGAACAAACCACUACAACACUGCAGGAUAUCGCCAAUAUUUUUCAAAAAGAUGUAAAGCAAUAAAUUAAUACUUGAAAAUAGCUGCGCGAAAAAUAUAUAUGUAAGUGCAUAAAUUCUUACAAAGUAAUCGCUUAAUCUCUGAAAUGUAGUUGCAUUUUUGUAUUACUUUAAAGCAUUAAUUUAUAUUACUUGAAAUUUGAUGAAAUUUUAAA